GCACUAGUUGUGUUGUUAUUCAAGAUGGCCGCCUCCAGAGUCGAAGGACUCUUGAAAGUCGCACAGUUUCAAUUAAGGAACUUGACCUUGCGGCCAUUACUGUGUUCCAAGUUACACAUGAGUGCGCAGCACCCAGUUACAUUCUCAAUCACUAGAGAGUUAUGGGGAAAGACUCCAGCUGAGAUUGAAGAAGAAAAGGGAAUACCAGAACCACCAAGAGAGACCAUAUAUCAUUGCAUUAGGGAUGUCAAGGGCAGCCCAACAAAGUUUAACAUGGUGGCAAAACAGAUCAGAGGACUCCAGAUUGAUGAAGCAAUUAAACAGAUGAUGUUUUCUACCAAAAGAGCUGCAGGAAUUAUUAAACAAGUAAUAGAGGAGGCUCGGGUAAUUGCAGUAGAAAAGCAUGGCAUUGAAGACAAGACUCACUUGUGGAUUGCCGAGUCUUUCUCAACCAAAGGACGAUACAUCAAGAAAAUCCGCUAUCAUGCCAUGGGACGCACUGGCAUAAUGCACAAGAAAUACUGUCACUACUAUGUUGUACUCAAAGAAGGCACAGGGAAAGAGAAAAACAAGAAAAGACAAAGGAGACAACUGACUGAGUUAGAGAAGAUCCAGAGACAUCCAACACACAUCAGGAAUUCUUUAUCUUGGUGGUGAAAAAUUUAAUCUUAAAACUUGAAGUAAACUAUUAACUUUUUCUGCAAGUGUGUGCAUUGUUACAAGUUGUCUUGCGUGUUGGUUUGUCCCAAGUAGACUGGGAAGUAUUCAUCCCAUCGUCCCCUUUUUAUGCCGCGUUAAACUAGCAUAUUCCAGGCGUUUGGUUAUAAAUAGGGAACAGCGCUAAGAAGGCCGAGUGUAGAGGCUAGGCUUAGUUCUCACACCCCUCACCUUUCUUUCGAAUUCCACUGCGGUUCUUUGUGCUGCCCCUAAGCUAACGACUCCUGAAAGAGGCUACAUCAGACGAGACUACACGUGGACGACAAAGAUAACUGACAAUUUUAUUACAAAGAAUACAAAUAAAAUACUAGGCAAUUUUAUAUACAUUGAUACAUCUCAACUACUAAUACCCGUCUUUCUGUUCUUUUGCUAUAAAGACAAUAAUUAUU